AUGCAGAUAAGGAAUUGUUCUUUCUUCUUUCCUUUCCAAAAAAAAAAAAAAAGAGAAAUUCUUGUUUUUUUUUUAUUCUCGCACUCGAUUUUCUUUCGCUUUUCUCGUCCUAGGUUUUUCUUUUCUUUUCUUCUUAUACCACAUCUCGAGCGAUUCAACGUUACCGUAUACAACCGAUACAGCGAGCGAUUCAACGUUACCGUAUACAACCGAUACGGUUCAACGUUACCGUAUAAACCACGAUACAGCGAGCGAUUCAACGUUACCGUAUACAACCGAUACAGCGAGCGAUUCAACGUUACCGUAUACAACCGAUACAGCGAGCGAUUCAAAGUUACCGUAUACAACCGAUACAGCGAGCGAUUCAACGUUACCGUAUACAACCGAUACAGCGAGCGAUUCAAAGUUACCGUAUACAACCGAUACAGAGAGCGAUUCAACGUUACCGAUACAGUGAGCGAUUCAAAGUUACCGUAUACAACCGAUACAGCGAGCGAUUCAACGUUACCGUAUACAACCGAUACAGCGAGCGAUUCAAAGUUACCGUAUACAACCGAUACAGAGAGCGAUUCAAAGUUACCGUAUACAACCGAUACAGCGAGCGAUUCAAAAUUUACAGAAGUUGCUCAGUCAGUUCAUGAUAAGGUGACACACGCUGUUACUGACAAUGCUUCUUCUAUUAUUCCGCUUCUUUCUAUCGACAAUAAAAAUCGAUUUUGUCCCUUUUCUUUUUCUUUUUCGAAAAAAUAUUGCAAUCUCUAUCGAUCAAUGUCAUUUCCACUUCGUCUAUCUUUACAAUCCUUUUGCUAUAGCUUCCUUCUUUCUUUCUUUUUUCUCCCUCUCAUUUCAUGUUUUGUUCUGUUUUUCUCCCUCCACCUUUCUAUGUCUCGUUUCCUCCUCUUGUUUUCCUCUGCUUCUUUUUCAAAACUCUCUAUCUCAUCUCUUCAGCUUGUCUUCGGUCUUUUUCCUUCUCGCUAUGUGUCCCUUUUGUCAUGUUUCGCUGCUUCUAUCAUAUCUCUUAAGCUGAUCAGUUCUCAGAUCUUUAUUUGUCCUCUAUCUCUCUCUCUAUUUAUUUUUAUUACUUGCCAUAAGCAGAUAAAUUUAUGGAUUUCUUUUAGUAGUGUUAGCUUCUUUUUUCUUUUUUUUCUUUUUUUUUUUUUUUUUUUUUUUUUUCUUUUUUUUUUUUUUUUUCUUUUUUUCUUUUUUUUUUUUUUUUUUUUUUCUUUUUCUUUUUCUUUUUCUUUUUCUUUUUCUUUUCUUUCUUUUCUUUUUUUUUCUUUUCUCUUUCUUUCUUUUCUUUUUUUUCUUUUCUUUUUUCUUUCUUUCUCUUUUCUUUCUUUCUCUUUUCUUUUCUUUCUCUUUUCUUUCUCUUUCUCUUUUCUUUUUUCUUUCUCUUUCUUUUCUUUCUUUUUCUUUCUCUUUCUUUUUCUUUUUCUUUUCUUUCUCUUUUCUCUUUUCUUUCACUUCUUUCUCUUUUUUAUUUUCUUUCACUCUUUUUUCUUUUCUUUCACUCUUUUUUCUUUUCUUUCACUCUUUUUUCUUUUCUUUCACUCUUUUGUCUGUUAUAACGAUAAUAGUUUCGUUGCUGAAUCCAAAUCCAAAAUAUUGUCUUUUAUUGCUACUUUAAAUAGAGCACUUUCUUUUUUUUCUUUUUUUUUUUUUGUUCUUUCCUUUUUCCUUUGGUCUUUUCUUUUUUUUUUUUUUCCUUUGGUCUUUCCUUUUUUCUUUUUACUCUUCUUCAUUUUUCUUUCCAUUUUUCUCUGUCCCUUCUUUCUUUCCAUCUUUCUUUCUUUCUUCUUUCCACAAUAUCACGUCUUUCCAUCUUUUUCUUUCUUCUUUCCAUCUUUCUUUUUCUUCUUUCUUUCUUCUUUCCAUCUUUCUUUUUCUUCUUUCUUUCUUCUUUCCAUCUUUCUUCUAUCUUUCUUCUUUCCAUCUUUCUUCUAUCUUUCUUCUUUCCAUCUUUCUUCUUUCCAUCUUUCUUCUUUCCAUCUUUCUUCUUUCCAUCUUUCUUCUUUCCAUCUUUCUUCUUUCCAUCUUUCUUCUUUCCAUCUUUCUUCUUUCCAUCUUUCUUCUUUCCAUCUUUCUUCUUUCCAUCUUUCCUUCCUUCCAUCUUUCCUUCCUUUCUUCUUUCCUUUCUUCUUUCCUUUCUUCCUUCAUGAUGAUCCCUUUCUUUCCAAUAAACACAUUCUUAUUUUAGUCAUCCUUACUGAUAUUUAUUCUUCCUUCAUAUUCAAAGACAAAAAGGAAAUAGCCUCUUUGCUUUCUGCAUUGACUUUUUCUCUUCAUAUGUGUCUAUGUGGUUAA